AUGUCGUGGUAUCACGCAGCACUGCUAUCUGGAGAUCGACCAUCCUAUCGAUUUAUCGAUAGUUGUAAACGAUUUUCCAGACGUUUAAGCACCGGAAUCUAUCGAGUUGUUCGUCGACGACCAACGUCAGAUGCACAGUUGGACGUACUACUUUCAAGAUGUUUUCAACACUCGCGAUCUAUUGACGAAAUUGUUAAAUGCACGCGCUUUACCAAAGCAGAAAUUCGACUUUUGUAUCGAAGUUUCAAACAACAAUGUCCAGGUGGAAGUGUCAACGAAGAACGAUUACGAUCCAUAUACAUCCAGUUCUUUCCACAGGGCAAUGCAGCAAGAUAUGCUCGGUAUCUAUUCGCAAUUAUCGAUCGAAAUCGUAAAGGCACAUGUACAUUCGAUGAUUAUAUUUUUACAUUAUCGAUUCUAUGCCGUGGAACAAUCGAUGAAAAAUUACGAUGGAUUUUUCGUUUUUAUGAUAUUCAUGGAGAAGGAAUAUUGACACGUGAUGAUCUGGGCGAGAUUAUUCGAUCCUUAUAUGAUCUUCUCGGUCCAUCAGUUCAACCGGUUGCUGAUGAACGUCAUAUUCAAAGGCAUAUCAAUGAGAUUUUUCAUAGCAUUGAUAAUAUGCGUAACGAACAAAUCACGGUGGAAGACUUUAUUAAUUAUUGCAAACGACGACCACAGCUGAUCGACUCGAUUCAAGCACUGUCGUAUUGUUUAUAA